UUUCCCCACCCCCCUCUUUCUAGGGCGACAUGGUGAAUUACGACGAAAUCAAGCGGCUCAUCCGGCAAGAGCUGAACAAAAUGUUUGACGAGAGGAUGCUGUACUACUCCUCCAGGAUGCAGUACCCGGUGGAGAUGGCUGCCACGCCAGGACGACCAGGCCCCCCUGGAAAAGAUGGGUUGCCAGGGCGCCCAGGGCCUCCCGGAUCCCCUGGCUUACCGGGACAGAUCGGCAGGGAAGGGCGCCAAGGCGUGCCGGGCAUGAGAGGCGAGCCAGGCACCAAAGGAGAAAGGGGAGAGAAAGGCACCGGCCUCGUGGGAGAAGUCGGCCCGCCAGGGGCACCCGGUCCCCAAGGGCCACCAGGAUACGGCAAGCUGGGUCCGCCCGGGCCUAUGGGACAGCAAGGCAACCCAGGCGUUCCCGGACCCCCAGGCAUGACAGGGCCGCCGGGAAAGACCGGCCAUUGCAACCCUUCCGAUUGCUUCGGCAUGAUGCCCCUGGAGGAACCCAUGUACCAGCCCAAAUCCAUGAAAGGACCCUUAGGCUGAGCGGACCUGGAGGGCAUUUUCACCAAGGACUCCAUUGGGAAUGACCAAAGCUCGGGCCUCGCGACUGGUCGUGAAUGAUUUUGUUUUUUAUUGCUGUUAAUAUUUGUUUCCUCUCGAUUUCCAGUGGGGUUGACGUGUCAGCGUGUGUGUGCGUGUGCGUGUCUCUGCUUG